CUAAUCUCGGAUAUUUUUCUUCUCCAAUCCCAUUCGCCACUUUCUUCUCCAAACAAAAAGGAGGAAAAAGUAGAGCAGAAAACACGAGCUCCACUACUUGCUGCCGCCACGCUCAUCUUGCUCGCUCAGCCGAUCAGAACUCAGAGCCCCCGCGUGUACCCUCCGAUUCGCAGUUGCCGAUAAAUCCGACCUAUCCACUCGGUGUCACCUCCGAUCCGUCGUCGUCGAACUGUCUAUCUACAGGAUUUCUAGAGGAGAGCGUCCCCGGCGAUGCUCUGCUCCGGCCGCAUGCUAGCCUGCAGCAGCCUCGGGCCCGUGCGGCUCCGGCCGCCGCGGGCCCACGCCGACCGGCUGCGCCCGCCGGCGCCCGCCCGCAGGUGGCGGGUCGCGGCCUCCGCCGCGGCGUCCGGCGGCUCCCCUGACCUGCCGUCGUCAUCGUCGUCGCCCACCCCGCCGUUCGGCGCCGGGGAGGACCAGGCCGCCGCGUCACCAGGGUUUUGUAUCAUCGAAGGGCCUGAGACGGUCCAAGAUUUCGAAAAGCUGGACUUGCAGGAGAUCCAGGAUAGUAUUAGGAGCCGCCGAAACAAGAUAUUCUUGCAUAUGGAGGAGAUUCGCAGGUUGAGAAUACAACAAAGAAUAAAAAAUGCUGAACUCGGAAUUUCAGUUGAAGAGCCUGAAAGGGAGCUUCCUGAUUUUCCAUCAUUCAUUCCAUUCUUGCCUCCCCUGAGUGCUGCUAAUCUAAAAGUCUACUACGCUACGUGUUUCACCCUCAUUGCUGGGAUAAUGGUCUUUGGUGGUUUUCUUGCACCAAUUCUGGAACUUAAACUCGGUUUAGGAGGCACAUCUUAUGAAGACUUCAUACGCAGCGUUCAUUUGCCUAUGCAAUUGAGUGAGGUAGAUCCUAUUGUGGCAUCCUUCUCAGGCGGAGCAGUUGGAGUUAUCUCCGCUCUAAUGGUUGUUGAGAUAAACAAUGUCAAGCAGCAGGAGCAUAAGAGGUGCAAAUAUUGUUUAGGAACUGGAUACCUGGCUUGUGCCCGCUGUUCAAGCACAGGAGCCCUUGUGCUCACUGAGCCCGUUUCUACGUUCAGUGACGGUGAUCAGCCUUUAUCGGCACCAAGAACAGAGAGAUGCCCAAAUUGCUCAGGCUCAGGAAAGGUGAUGUGCCCAACAUGCCUCUGCACGGGGAUGGCAAUGGCAAGCGAGCAUGACCCCCGGAUCGAUCCAUUUAUUUAAGACAUACCUUAGUCCAGGAACUCUCGUACCGUGUAUAAGCUGUUUGUAGAUAAUAGUAUAGACAGAUGUUUAUGGAUAGGCCCCCCCUUCAGGUUUUAUGGAAUGCAUCUGAGUCGACUGCUGGCAUCUGUAGCACCACCAUGCUGUACUCAUCCUUGUACGGAGCGAAUCGGUUGUUCUGAAGAAUGCAGAGGUGCAUGUUGCACUGUAAUCAAAAGAUAUAAUUUGUAUGCGUCAGUUUUAAAGUAUGUGUAUGGUUUAUCCAUCACCAACAAUUCAAUCUCAUGAAUCAAUUUAUCUACGUAUUCACCAUA